UGCCAAUGAAAAAAGAGAGAGAGAUUGCUAGUGCGUCAGUGAGUGAGACCGAGACCACAAGGAAAAAAACACAUUCCUUUGUAAAGAUACAGCUCGUAUUGUUUCAGUAACCGUAGCCCCCUAAAGGCUGUCCUUCAGACCGGUCAGUGCAUGCCCUCUUUCACGAAGAGCAUGAAUUCUUUGUUUGGGUCGAACGUGUUUCUGUUACAGCACGAUACCAGCGGGUCGCUCGCUUCCACAGACGGGUUUGGGGCGGACGGUCUCAUCUUUGAGCACGCCGGGCUUGAUUUCUUCUCGCCGAACGCCGGGGGUGUCGAGUUAGCGUCUCUGCAGCAAAAUCUCAACGUCAACAACAUCAAUAUCAACGCCGCCGCCAUCCACCACGGCAACGGACCUGCUUUCCAACCGGCCAUGGCGCUGAGGAAUGACCUGGGCUCCAACAUCAGCGUGCUGAAGACCUUGAAUCUGCGGUUCCGCUGCUUCCUGGCGAAGGUCCACGAACUGGAGCGUCGGAAUAAGAUCUUGGAGAAGCAGCUGCAGCAGGCGCUGGACGACAACAGCGGCAAGCAGAGGAAACCGCUGAUCCGGGAGCAAGGGAUCCAGACGGACUUCGUUGGGCCAACCCAGGGGCGAAUCGGCUUUGUAUCGUCCAGCUCAGUCUCCACCGCCGCCAGUAACACCAGUCAAAGUGCUGGGGGAUACCGUAUUGGGACCAGUACGUUGUUCACCCCGGCGCUGACGUCAGUCCUAGCGCUAGAUUCGAAUUGCUCUCAGAUCAACAGCAGUUCCAAUGGCUCGACUCAAACCGGCAGCGGCUCCAAUUCGCCUCGUUUUAUGCCGGGGACUAUCUGGUCUUACAACCACACCCGGAAGCUCGGCGCCGGUUUGGAGACCCGCUAUACCGGGCCCGGUGUCUCCUGGGUCCACCCGGACGGAGUCGGGGUUCAGAUUGACACCAUCACCCCCGAGAUACGAGCGCUUUACAACGUGCUGGCCAAGGUGAAACGCGAGAGGGACGAAUACAAGCGCAGAUGGGAGGAGGAGUACACACUGAGGGUGCAAAUGCAAGAGAGAGUCAACGAGCUACAGGAGGAUGCUCAGGAGUCGGAGGCCUGUCAGGAGGAGCUGGCUUUCAAAGUGCAGCAGCUUAAAUCUGAGCUUGUCCUGUUCAAGGGGCUGAUGAGCAACAACAUGUCAGAACUUGACUCCAAGAUCCAGGAGAAGGCGAUGAAGGUGGACAUGGACAUCUGCCGACGCAUCGACAUCACAGCCAAGCUGUGUGACGUGGCGCAGCAGAGGAAUGGCGAGGACAUGAUCAAGAUGUUCCAGUCACUGCACUUGUCUCCUUUCAAGGUGGCCCCUCCCCCCUCUGGAAUGGGGCGUCGCCCUGCGAGAGACAGGAAGCAGCAAGCCCCAGGUGAUGAGGAGCCAGUCAGUGUGUCUGAGAGUGAGGUGGGCGGGGCCAGGGAUGAGGAGGACAGCAGCGCAGCCAAUCAGAUCAAUGAGGAGAUGCAGAGGAUGCUCAAUCAGCUGAGGGAGUGUGAUUUCGAGGAUGACUGCGACAGCCUCACCUGGGAGGAGACUGAGGAGACGCUGCUGCUCUGGGAGGAUUUCUCCGGCUACGCCAUGGCAGCCGUCGAGGCGCAGGGAGAGGUGAGAGGGAGGAUAGGAGAGCAGGAGGAGAACCUGGAGAAAGUGAUCCGAGACACGGAGUCCAUGUUCAAGUCUCGGGAGCUCGAGUACCAGGAGACCAUCGGACAGAUUGAGCUGGAACUCGCCACUGCAAAGAACGACAUGAACCGGCACCUGCACGAGUACAUGGAGAUGUGCAGCAUGAAGAGGGGGCUGGACGUGCAGAUGGAGACCUGCAGGAGACUCAUCACACAGUCUGGAGACAGGAAGUCCCCUACUCCAUUCACAGACCCAGGGGCAAGCGAGGAGAGCGAGGAUUCAGAGAAAGAGAGGAGAACACCCCCUGAAAACGAAGAGAAGAGAUAGGAGAGAGAGGGGGGAAUGAGGGAGAGGAGACAGAGGAGAGAGAAACAAUCUCCCUCCCCAAGCAGUGAAGAGUGGGAUGAAAGCGAGUGCUGGAAGAAAGAGAGGGGUGCAGGGAGAGAGGGGUGCGAGUAAGGAGCCGGAGAAGAAAGGAUAGAGAUAUCAAACGGGGAAGAAGAGUAGGAGAGAAAACAGGACAGGGAAAGAGUGGGAAAGAUUAAGAGGUCGGAAGGAGCUGUAAUAUUGUGUAAAUAUUUACUAACAAUUGCAAGUAAACACUAGAAAAGAAAAUCUAAUCCAAAUCUUAUAAAGAGAACCAGAUUUACUACAAACGUCAGCACCUGACUGAACACAACAAAGUAUGGGGGGGGUGAAAUGGGCACCAUUUUGGCUCCAAAGCUGACUCUGCAGCGUAUAUAAACCAUAGGGCACAUGGAGCCAACAUGGCUGACACAGGGCUGCAGUUUCACACCCCUUGUAUAGUCUUUGUAUGAGCUGUCAGUUAUAACAUGGCCCACAUUAACAGGGGUUUGUCAUGUCAGAAUAUUCUUUCAAAUUUCUUCAAGUCUUUCAUUAUGAAUUAGCUUAAUUAAAUGUAUAAUCAGCACAAUGUUAUCACAGUACAGUGGAAACUGUCUCAUCCGGUUCAAAUGUGAAAAUCUUGUCUCUCGAAGGGAGUCGUUACACUCCAUUAUUAAUGCAUAAUGCCCUGAUGUUAAUAAAGCAACUGCAAUGUCAGGCACAGCAGUGCUGCAUGUAUACUGCAUGUAUAUAAGAGCAUCUGUGGAAAUGACUGCAACACAAAACACUGCAGUACUUUUACAAAACAGCAUUCCAAAACCAGUUCUUACUGUGCUUUCUCAUUCUAUCUGCAACGCAAUCCACUGUGUCCUGCUAAGAGCUGAAUGUACUGUUUUAGACCCACAAUGAAACGUGCAUUGAUCAGUUUCCAUCUGUACCACAAGCCAGAGGUCCAUUGGUUAACAGAGGGUAUGGGAUCUUACAGUAUCGGAUACGACAGCUUCUACUGUAUAAAGAAAUCUCUCAUGAGUAACAUUGCAUUGUGCAACUCUGAUAUGCUUCCCCACACCUCAGAAGCAGUAUUUUUUGCUGCAGUAGUUAGUAAGCCUGUUGAAUAAUGCUGCAGCAGAAACAUCAGCAGAAAAUCUUACAUGACAGACAUGUAUACGCAGUAAGAAAUGAAAUAUUUUGAAGCUGUAGGUGAUAUGCUGGAAAUAAGACUCCCAGUGCGUAGCAGUGUGAUCCAUUCCUAUUGAGCUUGCUACCUGCACACUGGCUGAUCAAGCUUGUAUUAUAACCUGGAGUGGGUGACACUGCUGUGCAACAGGAGUCCUAUUGCAGUCCCUGUGAUGUGAUUAUCGGAAUAAUAUUUGUAGUUGAUAAAGUGAUUACUAGAAAUGUCAAACUGCGUGUAGCUUGAAUAUGGCAUAGCCACAGGUACAGGUAGGUACUUGUUGAUGUGUAAAUCCAAUUUAAAAAUCCUGUGCAGGGCUGUAGCUGUAAAGUCCUGCUACCAUACAAUACGUUUUACAAAACAUGGGAUUUGUAUGAUACGCAAUCAGAGAAAAUGAACCUAAAGGAGUGCCAAGGUCUUUCUUGCCUCUUAUUAGCACUAGGAACAUUAUCACUGCCCUCACCUUUGAAAGGAGUGCUAGACAUCUUUAAAAACCCAUUCUCUUAGCUCUUAUUAGCUUUAUUAACAUUAACACUGCCCACUUUUAAAGGAGUGCUAACCAAUUUUCAAAUCCAUUCUCUUCUCCCAAUAGCACUAGCAACAUUAUCCCUCGCUCCCCUUAAAGAAGUGCUAACCAAGGCUACAUUUUAGUGACAAUAAGAGGCGAGAACUCUUAGAAUAUAGGUUUUGCUAGUGGUAUGUAAUAUUUAAAUGUGCAAAGCUAAAUAUUGUGAAUGCCUUAGCCAUGAGUAAAUAGUAAAUGAGCUUAGGAAACUGGCGCCAUUUUGGCUUCUAUUCAGACCUGGCCUGUGUUAACAACAGAGACGUGGAGCCAAAAUGGCAGACAACGGAAUGCAGUUUCAUAGAUUGCUCUGUAAACAUGAGAAGUCUGGAUGUUUGGAAACUGAGGCCCAUUUUGGAUCUCGAUCUUGUGUUACAGAUAGGGGGAUUAGAGCCAGUUUCACAGAGCAGAGGGAUUGCUGCCUGACUGUAUAUUCAAAUGCGCAAAGCUAGAGAUAAUGAAUGCCGUCGCCACAAACACAAGUUGAAAUACGUGUAGCUUCGAAUCGCAGUAAAAGUACAACACUCUGUGUGUGUGUGUGUGUGUGUGCAAAUAAUAAAAAUAAAAAAAUACCUGUACAAAUUGCAAAUGUGUCAGACUAUAAACUAUGAUAUAUAAAACUAUGGAUAUUGCAACUUUAGGGGAAAUGCUGGUGCACACUGUACAAUAUAUAAUAAAAGUGUGGCUACUGAAACUCAGGGGAGCUGUCUGAAUCAUUGCUGGAGCCACUCCUGUAUCAUAUAUAAGGUGUUUUAUCAGAAGCAGAUGCAGUGGUUGAAACAUAAGAAGUGAAAUAUUAGGAAAAUGGAGGGGAUGUAAAGUACAGUAUCUCAUGAAAAGGGCUGAAUGUCCACACGCCUGUAGCUAGAGCAGUGGAGCUUAUUGUUCUGAUUAUAUGUACAGGUAACAGUUUUGUAAAGCAUGCAUAUGUAUGUUCAAACCCACACACAGCAAUAUGUAUCAGGGUUAUUAAAGGAGUCCCAACCCAUGCGUUAAAAUCUAA